UGGUGCUUCUCCAGCCUUUGCAAUCCGCCCCCGCAGACCGCGGAGCAGGUCCGUGCCACUCACACGCGGCGCUGGCCGGGAGCGGCCCAGCCGAACAAUGCUGCCCUCGUGUCUGAGCGCUCGGUGCGCACCGCUCAGGGCUCGAGCGCGCCUGCACCUAAAGAAGUAAACAGGUCAUGGCACGUUUAACAAAAAGACGACAGGCGGAUACAAAAGCCAUCCAGCAUCUUUGGGCAGCUAUUGAGAUUAUAAGGAACCAGAAGCAAAUUGCCAACAUUGACCGAAUUACUAAGUAUAUGUCUCGAGUUCACGGUAUGCAUCCAAAAGAGACCACCCGCCAGCUGAGCUUAGCUGUGAAAGAUGGUCUUAUUGUGGAGACUCUCACAGUGGGCUGCAAAGGUUCAAAAGCUGGCAUUGAACAAGAAGGAUAUUGGUUACCAGGAGAUGAGAUUGACUGGGAAACAGAAAAUCAUGACUGGUAUUGUUUUGAAUGCCAUUUGCCUGGAGAGGUGUUGAUAUGUGACCUGUGUUUUCGUGUGUAUCAUUCCAAGUGUUUGUCUGAUGAGUUCAGGCUUAGAGACAGCAGUAGUCACUGGCAGUGCCCAGUUUGCAGGAGCAUUAAGAAGAAGAAUACAAACAAGCAGGAGAUGGGCACGUACCUGAGGUUCAUUGUGUCCCGCAUGAAGGAGAGGGCUAUAGAUCUUAAUAAGAAGGGGAAAGACAAUAAACACCCCAUGUACAGAAGGCUGGUGCACUCAGCUGUCGAUGUUCCCACCAUACAGGAGAAGGUGAAUGAAGGGAAAUACCGAAGUUAUGAGGAAUUCAAAGCUGAUGCUCAGCUGCUUCUCCACAACACAGUGAUUUUCUAUGGAGCAGACAGUGAGCAAGCGGACAUCGCGAGGAUGCUCUACAAAGACACGUGUCACGAGCUGGAUGAACUACAACUUUGCAAGAACUGCUUCUAUUUAUCCAAUGCUCGUCCCGACAAUUGGUUCUGCUACCCUUGUAUACCUAAUCAUGAGUUGGUUUGGGCUAAAAUGAAAGGUUUUGGGUUUUGGCCAGCCAAAGUCAUGCAAAAAGAGGACAAUCAAGUUGACGUUCGCUUCUUUGGCCACCACCACCAGAGGGCCUGGAUUCCUUCUGAAAACAUCCAAGACAUCACGGUCAACGUGCAUCGGCUGCAUGUUAAGCGCAGCAUGGGCUGGAAAAAGGCCUGUGAUGAGCUGGAGCUGCACCAGCGUUUCCUUCGUGAAGGAAGGUUCUGGAAGUCUAAGAACGAGGACCGGGGUGAGGAAGAGGCGGAAUCCAGCAUCUCCUCUACCAGUAAUGAUCAGCUGAAGGUCACUCAAGAACCAAGAGCAAAGAAAGGGCGCCGUAAUCAAAGUGUGGAGCCCAAAAAGGAAGAACCAGAGCCUGAGACAGAAGCAGUAAGUUCUAGCCAGGAAAUUCCCACGAUGCCUCAGCCAAUCGAGAGAGUAUCGGUGUCAACUCAGACCAAGAAGUUAAGUGCCUCUUCCCCAAGGAUGCUGCAUCGAAGUACCCAGACCACCAGUGACGGCAUCUGCCAGAGCAUGUGCCACGACAAAUACACCAAAAUUUUCAAUGACUUUAAAGACCGGAUGAAGUCGGACCACAAGCGAGAGACUGAGAGAGUUGUCCGAGAAGCUCUGGAAAAGCUGCGUUCUGAAAUGGAAGAAGAAAAAAGACAAGCUGUAAAUAAAGCUGUAGCCAACAUGCAGGGUGAGAUGGACAGAAAAUGUAAGCAAGUAAAGGAAAAGUGUAAAGAAGAAUUUGUAGAAGAAAUCAAGAAACUAGCCACACAGCACAAACAACUAAUUUCUCAGACCAAGAAGAAGCAGUGGUGCUACAACUGUGAAGAGGAGGCCAUGUACCACUGUUGCUGGAACACGUCCUACUGCUCCAUCAAGUGUCAGCAGGAGCACUGGCACGCAGAACACAAGCGCACCUGUCGCCGGAAAAGAUGAAGCCGGCCCUUCCCAGAGCGCCCCGACGGCCACUCCUCAGACACAGCGGUUUUUGUUUCCAAGAAGCCAAAAUUGUUUAGAAUUUGCUUCCCAUUUUGCACCAGCCUUUAAACACUUUUCGUGAAGAAAUUUUGCACAGUAGUUUAAAUCUUUUGUUAAUGCUCCUCCGGAGUUUUUCAGGGGGUUAAAGUAACAUCAGUGGAGGGUAUUAUUUUAAAUGAAUUUUAAUUGAGAAUAUGUUGCAUUUUCAGCAAAUUUUAAAACAUUUUUAGGUUUUACAGAGAUUUUAACCUUUAAACAACAGAUCUUUAAAAAAAAACAACAGGUGAAUACAAGUGAGUUUAACAAAGAAACAUUUAGAAUAGAUCUGAAUGUAAGAACUACAGAACUGUUUCAGAAAUAAAACAUACUACCUUGAUGUGACGUUUAUUUCUUAACCUUGUUGAGCUGGUUUUGUUCAGCUUGAUUUACUGUUCAAAGGCAUUAUCUGUUGGUUAUGCCAGUGGGUAUGUGAUUAAAUUUAGGGAACAGGGUUGACACAGCAGGGCUAGUCCUGCGUAUUUUUUCUUAAAUAUUUCCCAAUUGUGUUUUUCAUUAUUUCUUUUCAAUAUAUAACUUUUAUAACAAAUUAUUAGCUUUGAUCUUGUAGUUUAAAAUUGCAGGGAACUGGGGUAAUCUUUUACUGAGCUGGAUCUUAGAGAAAAUGAAUAUUUAAAUUUUAAAGUUUGCACAUUUCAUCUUUUGUCCUAACAUGAGUGCUUGUAACAAACAAAAAGCCAAAAACUACCUUUAUCCAUAUGUGAAAUUAUAGAGGAGGCAUACAAAUUCCUUCCCACUUCCCUCCCCUCCCCAGUGCCGUCCUAACUGCCCAUUAUCUGGUGUCACCUCGUGUCUGUAAGUUAACAAGGGAGAGAAAGCACUUAGUUUCACAGAAGCCUAAGUCAUGUUUGUGGUAGUGGGUCUCUGCCUACUAAUGAACUCAUCACUGUAUACAGAAUGAAGAAUAAUGCAUGUUAAUUUUCUUGUAUUAAAGAUGCCGUGAUUUGUAAAAAGUCUGUAUUUUCCGGAAUGUCUGGAUUAAGAAGCAUUACCAAUAGGAAUGGAUCGAUAGUUGAAUAAUGAUUUUUUUUUUUAUACAUAGAUAUAUAAAAUACAG